CAGAGAAAUUCAACGCGAAAAAAAUAAAGGAAAAUUUUCACGCGAAAAAAUCUAAAAUUUGCAAUUGGGUACUACAAUUAACUGCCCAAUCAAUCAGUUAAGCAUCGAUAUCAUUUGCUAGCGUCUCGAAUUAAGCAAAAAUAUGGAACAAAGUGCAAGCAGAGAAAAAAUUAAACUGAAACCUUGAAGGAGCUGCAUCCGUAAAAAAAGUCAAAUAAGUAUAAAAUACUCGUAGCGAAUAGCAAAAGGCAAAGCAAAUUAAGGCCAUAAUACAAAUAAAAGUAUAGAUUAAAAAAUUGUCCAUGCGUUGAAGUGAAAAUUGUGUAAAUUAAAGUCGUUAAAGAAGCAACUCACACAAUCGAGUUCUGUAAAAGCAGUGGUGUACAAAUAACUUUACAUAUAUUAUUGCUCUGCGGCGACUACAAACAACGUCAGCAGCGGCAGAUUGUCAAGUUGCGCUUGUGAAAAACCACAUACGCUUCCUGUUUGUACAUUUCAGCAACAUACAACGUAUUUAACGACUGAACGUUUAACUCGUAUAAUUUUGACCGUGAAACAUCAAGGGAAUUGCAAACGGUGUCUUCGUUGCUUUUAGAGACGUCGUCUUCAACACCCAUCAUCGUGGUUGUGGUCGGUUGCAACACGCCAAAUCACAACCCGUUCCGCCCCCUACACACAAACAGCUCAUCCAUUGCACACCUGUGACAUACGUACAUUUACACAUCGCAUUAACUCGCGCCAUUCAUACCUACUGCCUGCCAAUAUACACAUACGCAUGUACAUGUGCAUUUCAUUUGGCAGCAAGCUCACAGACGACAUCUUUGCCACUGGACUUUGGCAGGCUGUAUAGGAGAUGACUGUUAGUUUGCCAUGGGUUCACAAACCUUGGAGAUAUUGCGCCAGGGCGUGUGGGCCUCACUGACCGGUGGCUGGUUCUACGAUCCACAUCAGGGCGUCUUCUGUAAUGUGGUACACCUGUAUCUCUGGUUGUAUCUGCUGUGUUCACCGUUUGUCGCUUAUCUGUAUUUCCCAAGUACUUGGCUAACAUGGUUUAUUUACUGCAUACUCACAAGUUUCACAAUAUUGCUGGUGAAACUAGCCAAUAUGGCAUUGCAUCGGCUCUACGACCGAGCACAAACCAUGUCGGAGGCGAAUCUCAAAAAUCCAUUCUUCAAAAUCACCAAGGAAAUGGAAACACGCGAAAAUGAGACGGGCAUCGAAAUGAAGGUGAUGCGCAACGAUGGUUCACACAAUUCCGUGGAGCAGGCGAUAAAUGAAGCAAGCGAGGAGAACAGCAUGAUGUCCAUGGAAAAUGUAAAUAGCAUAAUUGACCUCAAGGUGGAUGUACAUCGCAAGAACAGUUCGGAAUCCAUCGAAAUGCUGUUCUAUCCCCCUUCGCUAGUCUCUGGCAAUAGCCAACAAGAUCAACAGUCACUUGCCGGUUCCGUUAGUGUCACAAAAUCCAUACGUUCGACAAAUGCGCCCAUCACUGGCGCACUCAGCGUCUAUCCGGAGCACGAAAGUGAACAUAUGAGCAACGCCGACAUAACGGCACACCACAGCAGCACUUUAAAGCCCGGCGCCAGCAAUAGCACAGCCACCAAUGCCACCGCACGCCACAUGCCACACCUACUACGUAAAUCAUCUGAAGAAUUCAAACGACGUCAUCAACGACGUCGUCUAGAACGUCAAGGCAGCUUAGACGCUGCCGCCGAAUCGUGUUUGGCCAACAAACUGAUACGCAAUCAAUCUGAUACAAUUGCGACGAGCGCCACUGCGCGUUGUAAUGACAACUUUUUGCAUCCGCAAGACGUCAAUACCGCUGUGGCGGGCAAAUCUGUCUCGGCAUCGAAAACGACGCACAAUGCGCUGGGCACAAUUGCAUUAGGCGCUGCCACACAACGAACUGCCACAACGACUAACGCCACGACCACGCUGGCGCUCACAAGUGCUAACGCACCGCCAACGGCAACAACGAAUAUGUCGAGUUCCUUUGGCUCCAGCGGCGCAACAGGUAGUGUUGCACUGAACGCGCCCCCCGCGCUGUCGUCUGCUAAGGGCACGCGCUUGCAGCGACAUCGCAGCUCCGAAACGCACGAAGAGCGCAUGAAACAACAAAAUCGAAGUCUUUUCCUGCCCAUUCACCACGAGCAUCAGCCGCACCAUGUGUCCAGCGGCGCCAGUAGCAGCAGCGCGUUGGCGGCGAUAAGCGGUGACAUCUUGGAUGGCGAUGAUAUGGAGAUGGAUGGUUUAGGCGGCAGCGCAAGCGGCAUGUCGGGGCAUGUGGAAACACGCGCGCGAGUUCUGCAGCCGUGGAUACUAGGUUCAUCCUCCGAUGUCUACAUCGACGAUGACAGCUACACGAAAUCGGAUUUUGGCAUCGAACAAUUGGAUGGCCGCAAGUCGAAUCGUCCUGGGUUUCUAUUGCAGCAGCAGCAGCCGUUUAACACACAUUACGCGCAAUAUCAACAGCAAUUCUACCGCACGCCACAUCAUCACCACCACCAUGGCGUCGUCAACAUACGCAAAGACUCCAGCAGCACCAUGUCCGCGCUGCAACUGCCCGUAGGUAAUGCGAAAUCGAGUGCGGGUAACAGUGGCAGCGGCAUGAAAAGACGCCGUCAUUCCAAUGCCACCGCACUAUAUAAAGGCGGCGCUAGUGGUGUAGGCGCUCCGAAUCAUGCGCACUCAAGCGCUUUGGCCGCCGCUGCUGCGUUGGCGUCCGGCCAGCAGCCGACUGUACGCCGCAUUAAGAGUGCCGCGCUAGAGAUCUCCUGUCCGCGUCCCUCAGUCUCGAACCUCAGUCCUCACCCCAACAGCGUUGAGGCGAUAAAUGGCCAACAAAUGAUAAAAAAUCCGCAAUCUGCACUGCUGCCACCGCCCAGCAAAUGUCUAGUACGCAAUCCGCACCUAAACUUGUGUCCGAAGUUCGGCGGCAGCUUUGGUGGCGCGAGUAGCAGUAGUGGCGGCAGUAGCAGCUUAAAUUUCGGAACAAGCGGCUCGACCACCGCGCUGAUUGAGCCCGUAUCGCCCAUUGUCGAACAGUCGGAUGAGCGCGCCUCGUCGUUGGAUGUAGCAACGCAACGUAGCGAUUGCGCAUUGGAAUUGAAUGAUAUGGAAGCUGAUGAUUGUGGCGAUGAAGAUGAGGACGAAAAUGUAGAAGGCAUAGACGAAGGCAAUGAGGAAAAUGACAUUGAGCUGGAUGAUCUGGAUGACGAAGAAGUUGAUAAUGUCGAUGAUGAAGUAGAUGAUGUACCGAUGCGUCAUAGACGCAAAGCGUUGGGCUGUCUCCACCACAGCGCCGAAUCGGAUGUGGGUGAUAUACUGGGCGACGAGGUGGACAACGACGAAGACGACGAGUUCAAAGACUUUGAUGACGACUUGGAGCAUGGUUUGGGCAACACUGAACUGAAAUCCGUCGUAUGUCAGGCGGCCACAGUCAAUCAGCCAAAGACAGAUUUCACGGAUGAUUUUGACCACAUACUCAACGGACUAGAGCAGAUACAGCAGGAUUUGAAACGUUCGGCUGCGGAAAAUAAUCGUAAGGCGCAUGUAUAUUCAGCUGAUAGUGAGGACGAAGUUGAUGAGCUCGCGGCAAGGCAACGCCAGUCAUUACGCUCGCCUACAGUGCAUGCCGCAGUUGCGCCUGCGCUGGAUGAAGAACAGCCUUCGACUUCGCAAACAUUACGUCAACGUCUACAUUCCACCGAUUCGGAGACGGACAACAACGGCUCGCGCUCGCCACUGCUCAGCGGAAAAUCCUGGCAGCACAGCAUCAGUAAAAAUAAAGCCGCGGAGCAGGACAUGUACAUGGAAAUAUCGGCUUUGCAGAAGCACAAAAAUUUAGCCGGACACCACGUCAACGUUGGCGCACCCCAACACGCCUAUGAAAUGCGCCCACAACAUGCUGCACGCGGCGAGGGUGACUCCGGCUGCCCCUCUAGUGAUUGCGAGCAGGUUAGCGCCAGUUCAAAAGACAUGUUGCUGGCGGGCAUGGAGGCGGCUGUUAACGUCGCGGCUCCCAAAGCAAAGGUGGAGCCGCAGAAAGUAAACAAAGAUAUAGAGGAGGGCUUGGAAUGUGGGAAAAAACAGUCAACAAGCGCGGGCGCGAGUGGCAGCAAGAACCUAGGCGCUAUUCCAAAGGUCGUCAAAUACCGGGAAGUAAAUGAGACUGUAAGCAGCAGCGGCGGCGGCGGCUCACAGCUGCACAAACGACGCGGCGGCAGCAGCGGUGCGACCAGUACAAAUAAUGAGAUGUCGCUGGUGCCAUACAACGCACAACAUAGCAUUACAUCGAAAGCUGCUUCGCGCACUUCGUCUUCCACAUCAUCGCGCAGCAUUAGCGCCGAUUCGUUUUCCGCAGACAUACAUAAAAUGCUUUGGUUGAUGACUGAACAUGGGCGUCCCGAAGCCACACAACAGGGUUACGCUACAGCAAGCAGCGCGGCAACAGGUACGUCAAGCAACGUCGUCGGAACCGGUGCCGGUGGCUGCUCAACUGCGACCGCCAAUAUGUCCAGCGCGCAUUUUCAAUUCUACCAAGACGCCAUCCAGGCGCUUAACACCUACCCAGCCACUUCGACGGAUAGCCUCUGGCUGACGGAGCGCAUGUACUACCGCGACAAAGCGCGGCGCAACUCUAAACAAAUUUCCGAGCCAGGCAACUCCUCCAUAGGUGAUUUCUCGCAUGCGCAUGAGCUGCAAUCAGCGCAAUUGAGUAGUCAGUCGGGCGCUACAACAGCACCUAUACGCAACCUACAUCCACCGCUCGGCGUUGUGGUCGCCUCCUCGUCGUUGAACGCGCGCACAGUAUACAACGGAGCUGGACUCUCAAUACAGGGACUCAUAAAUGUGCUCAACGAUGAGGGUCAGCAGCGCUCUUCACAGACGCGCUCUGGUAGUGGUAGCAAUAACACUGGCACUGGCACCCGGUUACUGAAUGGCCGUCCCAUAGAGAGUUACUUUCGUCCAUCCUUCCCCUUGUCAGCUGAAAAACCGAUUGCACCAAAAAGCUACUACAAGUACCGUUUCAAAUGCUGUGGCUAUGAGCAUGAAUUCAAGAUCUCCAUGGACCGCUUAGAGCUCUUAGCGCUGUUCGAUCGCGACCUACAUUGGCUGCACAUAAUGUUGUCAGUAUUGCUUUCCGCGAUGGUUGCCUAUCUCGGCGCUACGAUACUGCAGCUCGCCUACUACAAAGACCUGUUCGCGUUCCUAUUUUGCGCCGUUAUAGCGAGCGCACAGUACUCGCUGGUAAAGAGCGUACAGCCGGAUGCGGCCUCACCCAUACACGGCUUCAAUAAGACCGUGGCUUACUCGCGUGCUAUAUACUUCUGCAUAUGCAGCGGUAUACUCUUGCUUUGCGAGCGCCUGAAACGAGAGUAUGAACAACAGGCAGUGGCGCCGGCAGUGCUUAGCUUCUUUGGCGUACGCUAUUCACCGCUUGCGCUGACCGCGACAGUACUGCAAGUGAUGUACGUGUUCCUAUUGUGCUUCCCGAUAAUCUUCUCGUUAGGGCUCUUUCCGCAGAUCAACACCUUUCUCAUGUAUCUGCUGGAGCAAAUAGAUAUGCAUGUCUUCGGCGGCAAUGCGGCGGGUAGUCUAUUGGGCUCUUUUCUCUGCGUGCUGCGCUCUAUACUCGGUGUUAUGCUACUCUACGGUCCACUCUACAGCGCAUUCGCUGAAGAACGCGGUACACAAUUCAUAGUAUUCUCGCUCUUCUGCGCCAUACUCGUGCCGCUCGGCUACCACCUGUCGCGCUCCGCCAGCGACUUCAGCCAUUUGUGGGCGCUCAUCAAGAACUGCAUUGUCAGCACUUACCACGACGAUGACGAUGAGGACGAGCUGAGUGCCGCUACCAUCGACGGCAGCGCGGCGAGUAGCCAGAAACUCACCACAAAUACAACAUUGAAAGGACGCACGAAAAGCACCAGCACUCGCGCACAUGAACAAAUCGAAAUGUCUGCACUGGAUGAAAAGCUCACGGCAGAGAUUCGCGAACGCGCCACAAUCGAACAUAUAAACAUCGAAAUUGAGGGUAAGAGCAGCAAGUCAAAGGCUUCGUCAUUGGCGAGUAGCAGUCAAACGCUUGCUAAAACCCAGUCAAGCAACAGAAAGGGCAUGACCACGUCAAACUCCUUCGUGUCGGUGGUGAACGGUAGUGGCGCGCUGAUGACAGGCGCUGAAAGCGUGCACGACGCGGCGCUAGUUGGAGAGAACGCCACCCAAUUGCUUGAAAACGAAGUAGUCGAUGCCGCGAGCGCGACUGUUACGACCCCAACAAAUGCGUCUAACGUGGGCGUUGGCACGAAGGAAACUGCACAACCGACAUCUAUGACACCUGGGGACGCCGUAAGAUCGAAGUCGGUUGAAGCGGAAGUAGAUGCUGAAGCGCAACAACAAGCCGCCGAUGAGGAAGACAAAAUGUCCAGCUCGUCGACCACCAACCCCGGCGACAUGUCCACGCUGACUGCGGGUGGCGUCUGCGCUGACGUCGAGCCCACCGCCAUGCCGACGAACGCCGGCAACGCGAAUGUAGACAACGACAAUGACUCGCCCGAUCCGCUGCCUAAGAAGCUGCAGGCUACAGUGAAUAUGCGGCUUAAGAAUGAUCUUGUAGUGACCACACUGCUGGCGGUGGUUGUCUUCGGUCUGCACUGCAGCACCGUCUUCACCGUUUUGCAGCCUGAUCUGAACAUCGUGCUCUACGCUUUCACGGGCGGCUUGGGUCUGUUACUGCACUACAUCAUACCACAGAUGCGCAAGCACAUGCCUUGGCUCUGCUUUGCGCGACCGCUGCUGCGCCAGAAGGAAUACGGACAGUUCGAAGUGGCGCACGCGCCAAAGGUGAUGUGGUUCGAGAAGGUCUACAUUUAUCUGUGCAUGCUGGAGCGGAACGUGAUGUUUCCGCUGCUGGUCAUUUCGUCUGUAACCGCGGACGCUCAGAUAAUUGCCAACAAGUUCGGCAUUGCCUGGGGCACGCUGAUUGUGGCGGUGUGCGCGCUGAAACUGAUUCGCAACGCGUAUUCGGAUCCGACAAAUCAGUAUCUGAUUGUGAUGUUCACCGUUUUGUGCUUCCGCUACGACUUCGCCUUCGCAAGUGAGACGUUCCUCAUCGACUAUUUCUUCAUGUCUUUGGCCUUCCGCAAGUGCUGUGAUUUUCUACUUAAGCUACAAUUCAUCGUUACCUACAUCGCGCCGUGGCAAAUCACGUGGGGUUCGGCGUUCCACGCAUUCGCCCAACCAUUUAGCGUGCCGCACUCGGCAAUGCUCUUCCUGCAGGCCGGCGUCUCAGCUAUACUCUCCACACCGCUGAAUCCCUUCCUUGGCAGCGCCAUUUUCCUCACCUCCUACGUGCGCCCCAUUAAGUUCUGGGAGCGCGACUACAACACGCGUCGCAUCGAUCAUUCCAAUACGCGUUUGAGUUCGCAGCUGGAGCGCAAUCUGGGCGCGGACGAUAACAAUUUGAACAGCAUUUUCUAUGAGCAUUUAACGCGCUCACUGCAACACUCUUUGUGCGGCGACCUGCUGAUGGGUCGCUGGGGCAAUGUCAAUCAAGGCGAUUGUUUUGGUAAGUUGUUUGUGUUUUUGCUUUACUGCUUUGGCACCAUUCUGAUUGUCUUAAUAUCCGCUCAAUUAGUGCUCGCCUCAGACUACCUCAACUGCCUGGUGCACAUCAUUGAGCUGGGUAACGGACUGUGUACCUUUCAGAUGCGCGGCUUGGAAUUUCGUGGCACUUACUGCCAGCAACGCGAAGUGGAGGCCAUAACCGAGGAUGUGGAAGAUAACGACGGCUGCUGCUGCUGCGACCCGGGCCAUUUGCCGCGCAUGCUGAGCGUGAACGCCAUGUUCUCGACACGCUGGCUCGCCUGGCAAGUGGUCGCGGCGCAAUACGUGCUCGAAGGUUACUCGAUAUCGGAUAACUUGGCGAGCGCCACGCUGCAGGUCUUCGAGUAUCGCAAGGUGCUCAUCACCUAUUACAUUAAGAGCAUCAUUUAUUACGUGAUCAAGAAUCCCAAGCUGGAGCAAUGGCUUGCCUCGGCACCCAUACAGGAAGCGCUCCAACAUACGCUCAGUCGGCAGUUUGUGGAUCUCGAUCCAAUUUUCAACUACAAUCUCGAUGAAGAUUUCGACUUUCGCGCUGUUGGCAUCACGCGCUCUAGCUUCUGUUAUGUUUACCUAAGCUGGAUCAACUAUUGCUAUGAUAAGCGAAAAGAGAGUCAGAAUCCCGCAACGUCCACUGCGAAUACUAACGGCAGCAAUGCAACAAAUGCGGCACCCGCACCACCGCUGCCGCCACACACACCGACCACAAAUAACAACGGCGGUGCGUAUAACGACUCGAAGAGCACGCCAAACCUGUCCACAACCGCCACAACUACCACCAGCAAAUCACAGUCACAACAACAGCUACGCACGCGUCCGCAGAAGAGCGCAACAAUGAGCGGCAGUACCACAACGAAUUCUUCGGAGCAUAUCGCGAUUUCGCCUUCAUUUGCUAACAUUUCGCGUCAGACGUCCGAGUCCGCGCCGGGUUUGAGUGGCGUGGGCGGCUGUUACAUAUCUGUGGGAGCCGCGCAUGCGCCACUCGAUAAUGGUUUUGCGAAUAGCGCGGCGACAGUGGGUGCAAGCAUCUCGGCGGCAGCUAAAAUGCCCACACUGGGGCAGCAAAUGCGCGGUAAGUCAGUGGGUGCUGGUGCCGCGGCGUUAAAAGCACUGCGUAAAGAGGCAUCGCCAACGGCCAGUGCAAACGCUACGAGCGCACCUAAUGGCGGUACCGAGCGCGCAGCCUCAGAGGAGACCAAUUGCGAACGACCAUUGUUGAAAUUAAAAGUGCCCAGCGUGACAAAGGAUUCCCCGAUAGUUUCGCUCUGCCUGGCACUGGGGCUGUUGGCACGACGCUCGUUAGCAAACGCUUCGCACAGCUCGCUGACCGGUGUUGAAUUCUUUUUGCACGGUUUGCACCAGUUGUUUAAGGGCGAUUUUCGCAUACAAUCACCGCGCGAUGAGUGGGUCUUUGCCGACAUGGAGUUGCUGCAUGCUGUAGUAGCGCCGGCUGUAAAGAUGGCGCUGAAGCUGCAACAAGAUCACAUCUCAAAUCCAGAUGAGUUUCACUAUCCGGAGGCGCUGUACGAGGCGAUUGAUACGUGUGCCAAUGAUUUGGUUAUAUCACACGAAGCCGAUCCAGUUUGGCGCAGUGCUGUGCUGAGAGGCGCGCCCAACCUGCUUGCCUUGCGUCAUGUAAUGGAGGACGGUUCGGACGAGUACCGCAUAAUCAGGCUGACGAAGCGUUUCCUCAGCUUCCGUGUCAUCAAGCUUAAUCGCGAAUGCGUGCGCGGUCUAUGGGCGGGGCAGCAGCAGGAGCUCAUCUAUUUGCGCAAUCGCAAUCCCGAGCGCGGCAGCAUACAAAAUGCCAAACAGGCGUUGCGCAACAUCAUCAAUUCCAGCUGUGAUCAACCAAUUGGUUACCCUAUAUACGUGUCGCCGCUCACCACUUCCUACUCGGACACUAAUGAGCAACUCUGUAGGGUGAUCGGUGGCGCCAUUACGCUGGAGUCGAUCAAAUCGAACGUUUUAGACUGGUGGCAUCGCAUACGUGAGCGCUGUCGUCAAGGCUGCAGCUCGGGCUCGGCGAUGGAGACCUCCAACCUCGGCCUAGGCGUUACUGGCGGUAUGGGUAGCGCCACCGCGGGUAGUGGUGAGUCAGCCGCUGACAUUGCGCCCAUCUACAUCUCGGCGCCGCUGUACAACACGCUGACGGUGGGCAAUAUGUUCGGAUGUCGGCCAGUGCAUGGUGUCACCGUACCGACCAGUAUUGGUGGCACACUGGGCACGCAAUUUGGCAGUGAUGGCGCGGUGGUAACACCGUUAUGGCGUUGUCCUGUGGUAACGGCAAAGCCUGCGCUGCUCGCCGGUUUAUUAAAUCGGGAACGCGAACAAGAACACGAGCGUGAACGUGAACGAGAGCAAUUACGCGGUGUCGGCAUACGCGUAUCGCAUUCGCUGUCACGUGUCGAGCGCGAACGACGUGUAACGCUACCCAUUGCCAGCACCAGCGGCAGCGCGAAUGCCGCAGACACCGGCAGUAAUGCGGCAACGACAACUGCAAAAUCUGCUGAAUCGGCGCGUCAGUUGGAGCCCCAUGCUGGCGGUGGUGGUGAGCUACAGCCGAACAGCAGCAGUCCGCGCUACACCAAGAUGUCUAGUUCAUCGGGCAGUAUCGGCAUUGGCAGCAUUAUAACGACGCCUGGCGACUAUCCGCGUAAGUCGAAAGGUCCGAUCAGUUUGACGGCGGCGGCAGCACUGGCAGCGAACGAACGCAGCGGCGUGCCUGAGAUGGGCGGAAAGUCGAGCAGCGCUGAUAUGGUGGCGUCCUUAGCAGCAGCGGGGCACGUGCCGCGCAUCGGACUGUACAAGAAAGUCGUCAUUAUCGAUGAUUUUGAGAUUUUCGAUCGCAUCGAUGUCGGACGUCGCUUUAAUAUGUUCUGGCCCAGCGAGGAAAUGCGCGCCAAAGGCGGUCGUUCCGCCUGGAAGGAUUGGCUGCCCUGCAUCGGCAUGGUCGGCUACGUGGUGCACUUCUGGAUGCCCGGACACCGCGACCCACUGUUCCGUUCGCCCUUCAGCCGCGUGGUCUACCUGGUGGCUAUGAAUGGUUAUUAUGUACCUGUCGGCGAAUUCGGCAUACGUGAAUACGAUGCGAUACGUGAUGGUGAUGAUGGACUCAGUGAAGAAGAGGAAAUGGCCACUGCAGCGGCAGGAGUCUUAGUCGCCAUGCGUGCCGUUAAUGCGCGACGAAGCUCCGUGCAACACGAGCUCCACGAAUUGGACGAGCUACAGAUGCAGCAACGCGAACGUCUACGCGGCGAAGGACUAACACCAAUACUGGGCAGCAGUCUCGAGUCACCUACCUCACAUUUGAUGGACAGCAGCGUACUAAGUGGCGCCGGCGCCGAUGUAGAUACUUACACGUACGACGACGCAAAAGUCGAAGACCACGCGCCAUCAGACUCUGCCGGCGAACGGGCGAGCGUAAGUGGUACGACGGCGAUAGUGUUGACAGGCGCAAUUACCAGCGGCAACGUGCAGAUGCGCGCAGUGAGCAGCAGCAGCUCUGAGGAUGAGGCCGAGCUGCUCAACUACGAAAUGCAACGACGCGAACAAUUCUUCAAUAUGUGGAAGAUGAUGUCGGAGCACAAAGAUGCCGAGCUAAAGCAGGCAGAGCAGGCGAAACGUGAAGAACGCGCGGAAGAGUUGAGUCCAGAACCCGCGACGAGUGAGCAGCAAGAGACGAAGGCGCCGCAGUCGCUCGCAACUGGCACUGUCUUGGUGGCGUAUGAUGCCGAGGAAAGAUCGGCAGUUACGCCGAGUGAUGCCUCAGCCAGCAAGGAUGAUGUGGACGGGGAGCGGGAGUGCAAAAGAGAGGUAGCGCCAGAAGCACAAACGGCGGCCUGCGUGGCGCAGUUAGAGCAGCAAACACUGCCAGAAUGCAGCGACGUUUAGCAGCUGCUGAGCAUUCCGCACGCCAAUCUAACGUUAAUACGGUACAUUUUUAAUUGUUGAGCCGUUGAGCCGAGGGGUUCACCCUGGCGGAGGGUGAAUGAAAAUUAAAAAAUUGUUGAAUUUAAUGGCGAAAACGACGGCUGCUGCUGAUAGCCGCCGCGGUGGCAAAAACAAAAGAAACUGAGAGAGAACAGAAACAAGCACUCGUUUGUAGGAUUUAGUAAAUAACUGUAAUUACAUGCAUACAUACAUACAUAUUAUUGAUAAUUAGUGUUAAUUUGGUUUAUUUUAAGUUUUUUUUUGUAAUUAUGUAAGGUUGUUGUAAUCGUAAGCAGAGAAUCAAAACAAAAGCGGAUGAAAUCAAUAAUUGUAGAAAAUUAUGAUAAAACAAAGAUAAAUACGAAGGCGCAAAUUAUGUUAUAUUGCAUAGCAGAAAACAUACAUAUGUACAUACAUAAGUGUAGCAUUUGUUAAGGGCAAGCAAAACAAAAAACUGAAAACUAAAAAAAAUUAAUAAUAAUUCUUCAUACAGAAUAAUAACAGAUACAUACUCAUUCCUAGAGCAAUUGCAAAUCUUCCUACUGUACCUACGUAAUAAGUAUAGCGCAUACACAUUGCCACACAAACAUUUUUGCAUAGAAAGCAUGCAUAUACCGUUAUAUAUACACACGUUUUAACCUUAGCCGUUACGCCAAAAAUGCAUAGAACAAAACACAAUUUUCAAAAGCCAAACUAAGGUGCGUUAAAAUUGUUCACACACACACAUACACAUUCAUAUAUACACAAAUACACACAUAUUAUUUUCUUUGUGUUUUAUAAGCAAGACACAAAAUUUAAUUUAAGCUAGUGUGAGAAAAAUAAAAAUUGUAAAUUAAAAAGUUUUUUUAUGGAAUAAAAAAUGUUUAUUUAUAA